UCUGUUGACAAAGUCCCAAAAGUAGUUGGAACAAUUGAUAAAGCUGUGAAUUUUUCAUUUUUAGCGAUUACAGAGGAAGGCUUUUACGAAUCGUCACGGAGACAAGACCACGAGGAGGAAGUGAUGGAGAUGGUGGACCAGUCUCCCGAUUUACGUCAUUAUCUCAGUCCCCGCGGCGACGGAGAAUCAGCCACACGACAACUCGCGGCAUCCACCAUCUCAGCCCCCGAAGUGUCCCUUGUACCCUCCCCCGGAGUCAUCAGUAAAAGACCAAAGUCGCUGGAGGACAACUUGAAUGAUGUGGAUGAGCCACUACAGCCUCGGCCGAGCUUGAGCCGAUUUAAUUCAGUGAAGCGUAAACAAUUGGAGAGACUGCGCCAGCGUUCAGACUGGUUCUUAGGACCAAACACCAACAAUCAGGGGUCAUUACCAUUAUCACCCGAUCAAAGUUCUCAUUCGGACUCCAGAGCUUCUUACAACACAGAAAAACUUCACAAAAAAAUGUCCGGGAAUUCUGUGACUAAAGCGUCGUCGGAGGGUACGGCCCUGGACUUUGCUUCCUCCGACGCUGAUAGUGUGUUUUCAGAUCGGAGCGAGUCCCCGGCCUCGGAACCAUUGCCAACGCCGAGUGUGACUAUAACUCGUGACAUCAUCCAUAGUGACACGAUCACCGACGUCUCCAUGGCGGAGGGCGACAUCACCAUGGAGGAAAUGGCGCCGCGGAAGGACAGCGACGGAGAAAUUUGCGGCUCCGAGUACUGCUUUUUUGUCGUAGAGCAUAAUUACGGUGACAAAGGAUCCUAGCGUCAGGAAAUCCUCCGAUCCAACAAGCAGCUAAAUCCACGUCACCCGACACAUCGCAAUAUUUGUUUUUGUUUUAUAUAUUGGUGUAUUGAUUGAGAAACUUAAAUUUAAUGCACAUUAUGUGAGAGAAAGUCGGUAUCUGUGGUCAUUGUAUGUAGUUGUUGUGAACUUCUUGAAAUUUUUUUCUUAUACAUUGUAUGUUUAAAUUAACCCUUGAUUUUUAAAGGGACAAAUUUGUGUGGAAUCAAAAAGGUUUUUCAAAUGUGAGGCAAGGAUCAUACAGGGGUGUAAUGAUCAUUUGUAUAAUCUGUUGUUGCCUAAACUUUUUUUUGAUGAAUAACAAUGUUGUACAUGUCACUCAGAUUGCAGUUUUUUGCCUCAAGUUUUUUUUUUUUACACUUUUGUUGAAGAGAACGAGAUAAACUAAGAAACUUUCCAUGUCCCUACAUAUAGGAUUUUUUGCUAGGUUCCUUCAUUCUUCAUAGAUAAAAUUUAUGAGAAAUGUACAUCCAUGGACGCUAGAUCAGGUUUAGAAUAUUUAUUACCUCCCAUACACUAACACAAGCAUUAACAUGAUUAAUAUACUUUGCACUAUUUAGCAAUUAAUGUUACUAUUUUUAACUUCAUAACAAUGGGAGUAGAGGGUCCAAUCUAGAAACCUUGCCUUAACACAUCAUCAUAGAGAAGCAGAUAUUUAAUUAAUUAAUUAAAAUCAAUUAAUUAUAAUCAAGACACACACGUCGGAUUACUAUGCACAUUUUUGACACUGCUUUGAGAUCGGUUUUAUUUUUGGACCAGGCAGAGUAUUUAGGUUGAAAAUUUACACUCAGGUAUUUUCAAAUUUUCCUGAAUUUUGUUAUUUUCUUCAGAACAUCUUAUACAAAGCAUAAUCUUUUUAGUAUUUUAAUCCUUAGUUUUUAUGGAAAAGGAUGUGUUCAGAAAACUUAAGUUGUGAGAUAAUUUCUUGUAAAUGGUUUACCUUAACCAUAUUGAUUUUCAGAGCUAUCCAUUUGCUUUUAUGAAUGUAAAAUUCACUUUUCUAUAUGCUAAUAAUGUGUCACUAAACAUAUUGCAGAUUGAAUAUAUAAUGGUAAAACAUAAAGACCAUAUUUGCUUUUGAAAAUCUUUUUUAAGAUAGUAAAACUUGAUCAGAAAAAAGUUCCUCCCAACAUUGUGAUGUCAAUGAACAUUUUCUUUUGGUAAACGCAAUGACAAAUUUUAAUCAAAAAUUAACUACUGAGAUUUUGAAGUAGUUUGACACCUUUUUUUAACGGUUGACUACCUGACCCUACUGGUGAGGCCAUUUAAAUUUUUCUUUAUUGAUGAACUCUUAUCCACAUUUUUUGAGGUGGGUAGGUAAGAUUUUUUUUUUGAAUUAGACCAUGCCAAGUUUUUCUCUAUUAAGAAUCAUUCUUCUUC